AUCGAGUUUAUUUGUCAUUUAUUUUUGCUACGUCAUCAUCAGGCGACACAUGCGUCGGUGCUGCCCGGGUGAGCUGCUCGUCUCCUGACACGGUCGGCACAUGCUGUUUUCCUCGGAAAUUGAUCCCAGAUGACGGCCUCCACUCGCAGGACGGUGCUGGCACUGUACAUGCGGGUGUUUCGUAUCGCCCGAACGUGGCAGAGUGAAGUUAGAAGUGACACAGAAUCGGAGAGAAAAUACAUACUUCAGGAGGCCCGCACUCUGUUCAGACAGAACCAGCAGCUCCAAGAUCAAGAGUCAGUGACGAGGUGUAUAGAGGAAUGUGAAGCAAGGAUAGAAAUAGGUCUCCAUUACAGGAACCCAUAUCCAAGGGCUACCUACUUGCCACCAAUGGGACUUGCAACUCAGAAGGGCAGGAAGCUGCGAGCGCAACAGCGCCUGAGGAAGCAGGCCAAGCCAAUUUAUUUGCAGUCACAUGACGACACCUGAUGCUUGAUUUCGAAGAUCCUCGCGGGAGUUCAAUUUACCAAGGACAGGAGACAAGGGUGCAGUCACAAGCCGGAGGAUCACAAGCUCUCAUUGAUGCAUGAACACUUGUCAUUCAGGGGAAAAAGCCAUGUUUCGUUGUCUUUUUUUUUUUGUUUUAUUCUGUAGACCUCGUAAACAAGGCUGCGUGGUCAGUGUGCUGUCACCUGUAAUAUAAAUUCAAAUUGUAUAUUUAAUUUAUUUUUUGUGGUAAUAAACACUAUAUUAAAUAGAAGAAUACAGAGAUGUACACUGGUGUUUAAAUGGUUUGUCAACAGAUAUGUUAAAGUACAGUUCCAUAUUCUAGUAAUAAAUGUGAAUAUUUAUAUGACAAAUU